AUUUUCAUCAAAAUGGGGCUGCUUAACAUACUCAGAAAAUUGAGGUCUAAUCCCGAAAAGGAGUUAAGGUUACUUCUUUUGGGCUUAGACAACGCCGGGAAAACCACUUUACUCAAGCAACUAGCAUCAGAAGACAUCAACCAUGUGACUCCCACUGCCGGUUUCAAUAUAAAAUCGGUUUUAUCAAACGGUUUCAAACUGAACGUAUGGGAUAUAGGUGGACAGAGGAAAAUACGUCCAUAUUGGAGAAACUAUUUUGAAAACACUGAUAUUUUGAUUUACGUGGUGGAUUGCUCUGAUCAUCAAAGACUGCAGGAGACGGCCCAGGAGUUAGCGGAGUUGUUACAAGAUGAAAAACUGGUUGGUGUCCCACUUUUAGUGUAUGCAAACAAACAAGAUCUCGCUACAGCUCUCCCAGCGAGUGAAAUAGCACAGCACUUAGGCCUGCACCUGAUUAGAGAUAGGACGUGGCAAAUUCAAGCUUGUGUGGCCACGGACGGAACUGGUAUUAAGGACGGGAUGGAGUGGGUUUGUAAGAACAUUCCAGUCAAGAAAGAAAAAUAAUAAUACUGUCAAAAACAUAGGGCUACCACAUAUCGGAAUAGUUUCGGACAUUUUCUAUAAUAACAUAAUGUUAUUCACUUAUGAAAUAAUAACAUUUGCGUUUCUAAGAAUAUAAAUCGUUAUUUAACAAGCACAUUUACUUUAAAUAUGAAAUGUCAGCAAAGGCAAAGGGAAAUUGUGAGAAAGCACACGAGUACGACGCCUAAAAAUGAGUUUAAAUAGAUAUCUCAGAGUGUCUGAUAUAAAUUAUACAUUUUUAUAUUUUUACUAGUAAG